AUGACGGUGGAGAAUAUUAAGAGAAUAUUUCAAGAGAUUGAUAAUGCAGUUGAUGAUCGUAGUGAUAUCGAUGAACUUGAACAGUUAUUUACGAAUGUGAAAAAAGAGAUUUCUGAUGAAAAAUUCGAAGCUGACGAGAAACGACUGCAUGAUCAUUACCGUUCUGUAUAUCAUAAGAAAAAAGCUGAUUAUCUGUUAUCGAUUGGACAAAUAGAAGAAGCAAACACACAAAAGACUCUCGGGAAGAGAUAUGAUGAAUAUGAUCAUAAAGAAAAGCCAUUGGAUAACUUGACAACGACAGCAUUUGACCAUCACAAAAUUGACGAAUGGUUAAGAGAAUUUGAACGUAAUUUAUUUAGGCAAGAACCACCAAAAUCGAAAACCGACUGGUUAAAUCAGCAAGUAAGACCGGUUAUUUUCGGAGAUUUCGAUGAAUUAACUCUAUUGAUCAAGCAAGUUUUCAAAUCAAAUGUAAGAUCGUUAAGUGAGUACUGGAAAAUGACCAAUAUUUGUGAUAGAGUACGAACAGUAUUAAGUGUAUUGAAAAAUAUUAUGAUUCACGAAAAAAUGGUUGUAGAAAAUGGUGUACGACGCAACUCUAUUGCCAACUUAGAUUGUCUUAUUGAUGAGAGUCAAUUCAGACAACUAGUGAGUUUUGCAGAACUUUUAGUAAAAACAAACAAAAAGGUUUUUUUUGAAAAUGUUUCAUUGACUAAAGAACGUAUUGAAUUUCGAUACGAUGAAUGGAUGUCUAUUUUUAACUCUAACAGAUUAAAAUUUAGCACCAUACAGCACCAUAAUGAUCUUUUUAAAAAUGUGCUAAGAUGUGUUUCGGAACAAAAAGAAAAAUUGAUGAACUUGUUAAAAGAACGAGCUGAUAGUUCUAGCUACUAUGAUUUGUAUCGAAAAGAGGGAGAUAGAUUGAGAAAAAUAGCUGAUGUAUAUAACUACAGCAUCGAAGAGAAUAAGUAUGUUGAGAACUUCGAUAAGAAAGAGUUGAAAUCACGCAAAAUAUUCUUUGCACUGGGUGCAUAUGAACAAUAUCGAGCAGCAACAAGGCUUUUGGGUAGAACGGGAAAUGCACUCGAACGAGUUGAGUUAGUGGAAUCCAUGGCUAUUGCGCUGUCUUUGGCUGAUGAUUAUAGAACAGAAGCUGAAUUAUAUUCUUUAUCUGCCUUUUAUCUUUUACUAACAAACUUUUCGAAUUCAGGCGGCGAACAUGAAAUGCCAGAACAACUAAAAUCUCAGUUACGAAAAAAAUUUCCGAAACAGGUGACGAGCGAAAACGUUUGUGAUAAAGUAAAGGAUAUAAUUAAAGAGCAAUGUAAGACAGAACGUAUUAUUGCUCUGCACGGUACUCAACCAGAAGAUGCAAGACAGGAUAUUACUGAAAACGAAGAAAAUAUGACGCUAAGGAAUAAACAUGACGAAAUCUUUCGUUUUAAAUUUGUCCAACUACAAAGCAGUGUCUACGAACUUGGAAUAGGAGUAAACGCUAUAAUAAAACAGUUUAUUAAAGGUGUAUCUGAGACCGAAUCACAUUCAAGGAUAAGUGAAGAGAUAGACAAGUAUUAUGCGCAAAGGUACUCAGAUAUUUUGAAAAGCGCUAAAAUACGAGACGAGUCGGUUACUAGUGUUUUUGAAGUUAUUGUUAAUAAUCAUCUGAAAGAUGGAUUUAGCCAGAGUCAAGCAGCUAAUUAUUUGCUUUUUAUUGGAGAAGUUCUAUUACGAGAAUAUUUUACUUCAGAGAAAUCAUUUCAUGUUCAACUGGCUGAACAUUUCUUUCAUAAGAUCUUUGAAAAUAAUUGUUUUAAAAUACAAGCGGAUGAAUUAGGUGGUGCGAGAAGUAAACCUUCUUCAGAUCUUCUGGAAGAAUGUUGUAAGAAAGCGCGGAUAAAUUACGCUUUAAUAAAAAUGAUUACUUCUGGUGUAGGUGGUAUGCAGGCGAGCUAUGACACUAUUGUCGCUCUGAAGAAAUCUCCUCAGUUUUUAAUUUUCGGGGAUAUACACGUGCAAGCGUUAGAUGAUCUACUGUUUGCUUUUGGUUUUUUUGAUGACUUGUUAUCAUAUCCGUCUUUUUUGCGAAAUUUAAGCCAGAAUUUGUCGUUGUUUAACAGAGAAAUAGAUGAACCUUUUGUUAGUUUGAAUCACAUACUGCGCGAAUCGACUAUUCGACUAGAUCAGACCCUCAUUUCUGAUCAAGUUAGGGAAGCGUACAUGAGUGGUAGUCCAAUGUUUCAACAAGUUUUGGAUAUGGUUGUAACAACAAAUAGUAAAAAUAUUUUAUUCACGGUUGAUAGAGAAGAACGCAUUUGUUCUGAACCAUAUGCGUUACAAUUCGCUGCGGAUACGAUGAAGGAUAUACUAACAGAUAAUGGAGAAUCAAUGAAAAAUGUGCCAUCUUCGACUUAUUUGUCAAUACCUGCUAACUGGUGUAAUUUCAAUAAUGUGAAAAAUAAUAGGAGAAAUGGUCUUGUACUUCUCCACAGUGAAACAGCUAAAAAUUUUAUGAAAGAUCGAAAGAUGUUUGCAGCUCGUCUUCAUUAUAUAACAACAAAAGUAGGUGAUAAGUCAUCCAUAUCCAUUUUAUGUGAACCAUUGAUAAACUAUCUUCACAGACAGUUAGAACUACUUAAAGAUAAUGAUGUUGAACAACGCGUUGCUCUUCUAAAGGAAAUAGCAAACAUUCACCGCACUCAAGCAUUAACGUUGAACAAAUCCCAUCUUUUAAAUGCUUUGCCUGAAUGGCAUAAUGCAUCUGACUGUUACAAAGAAGUUCUCAAACUCUCUUCAAACGAUCAGAUAGCCAUGUUGGGCUCUGCGAGAUGUCUCUUGAAUUUUGGCAGAUACAUAGCAGCAGUAAAAGUUUUAGAAAAAGCUUUGGAUUGUGCUGAAAGAUUCUAUUUACUUGGACUAGCCAAACGGAAUAUGCGCUCACAUCGAGAUGCUAGAAAAAACGUUCAGAAAGCUCUUAAUAGUCAAUUUAAAGCUCUAAACAUCUUUCGAGAUGAUCAGGCAGCGAUAUUAAACUUUGUUAAGUAUCUCUUAGAGCUUGGCAGAUACAGAGCAGCAAAGAACGUUUUAAAAGAAACUAAGAAUUGUGCUGAAAAAGUUCGUUUACUUGACCUAGUAAAACGGAAUACGCGCUCACAUCAAGAUGCUAAAGAAAACAUUCGAAAAGCUGCUGAGGGUGAUUUCGAAGAAGCUUCAGCUAGACAAAGUAUCUGCUUGUGUACUAAAGGAGAUGUUCAAAAAGCUCUCGACAGUGGUCUUGAAGAAGCUUUAGCAGAGUUGCGUGUAAUAAAUAAAAUUCCAAGUAGAAGACAAAAGCAAGAACAAGAAUAUACAACGAGCAGAGCAGAUCGACAUGAGAAUUCAUCAGACACCUAUAACAUUCUUUCUAUUGAUGGUGGAGGAAUGCGUGGACUAAUACCCGCUUUGUGGCUAGCUGAGAUUGAGCGAAAGACAAAACGACCUUGUGCCGAUUUAUUUCAUAUGAUGGCAGGCACAUCGACUGGUGCUAUUAUCGCAGCUGGACUAUCGGUACCACAUCCUGACCAUCCAAGCGAGCUUUAUAAGGCUUCUGAUAUCGUUAAAUUGUAUAAAGACGAACGGGAAUCUGUAUUUACGCGAUCCUCUUAUUGGAAUUUGAAUGCGCCACGAUACGAUGAUAGCGGUCGUCAGCGGCUGUUUAAGAGCUACUUUCGUGAUUUUCGACUUUCACAAACUUUGACUGACGUGGUAAUACCAGCGGUGAGAGAAGACCAAAACUGUACAGUAAGAUUUACUAAACGGCAAGGCCUUUUAGAUCGUUCAAAAGAUUAUAAGUUACAAAAUGUUCUCAUGUGUACCACAGCCGCUCCUUUUUAUUUUAAACCCUAUGAAAUGAAAGCUAAGUAUCUUGAUGGAGGAAUUCAGGCUAAUAAUCCGGCAAAGAUCGCUUAUCAGGAAGCUAAGAAUUAUGGUAAAGAGAAUAUUUUUAUGUUAUCUCUUGGUACUGGAGACUACGUACCGUAUCCGUUGAAAAAGGAUGUGAUUCGCAGUAACGUUUUCUGGUGGAUAAAUUUGAAAGAAGUUAUAAAACGUUUUCUAGACGGUCCUCAAGAAGACAGUGAGUUUCAUUUAAGUACCGAGCUCGGAAAUAAUUAUCAACGCUGGCAAGUUUGGUUAGAGAAUCCGAUUGGGUUAGAUAAUAUUGAAGCCAACACAAUAGAUACCCUAUGUGAACUUGCUGCUGCUCAUAUUGAAGAAAUGGAAGCAUAUGAUAAUAAAAAUAGAUUAGGAGUUGUGCUCGAGCGAUUGUCAGAGAAACAUGCAUAA